CUCUUCUCUUUUCUCUCUUGUAAGCGGGAAGUUACUUAGCAAGGUUCCGGGUUUCCUAGCACACCGCCUGCCCUCCCUAGCAGAGCUACAAGAUCUUAGUCCCUUAGUUCCUUGGUUGCUCUGUCUGGCAGGAAGCAACCCUUGUCUAUAGGUCCACACUGGGUCUGCCCUUGGCGCAUCUGCCCUCUGCUGACUCCGCCCAGCAUCUGUCUAGACCCGCCUCGCGUCAGAGCAGACCUACAGCACGGCUGCCAGUCAGUCCCUCCGGACCUGCGGAGAGCUUCACUCAGACUGCAGAAAUCACCGCGCCUCACUCGCCUCAGCCUCAACAGUCUGCUUUUAGCUUCCCUUCGCCUGCCUUGGCUUGUUUCUGUUCAAGAACAGCUGUUUGGCCCCUAGAUUAGAGAAAGGCCUCGCCUCGCCUCAUUCCCCUCCCCAAGAGAUCCUCUUCUAAGCGCUCAGAGAUGGGGAGUGGGGAACCUAAUACUGCUGGCAAGAAAAAGAAGUACCUCAAGGCUGCCCUGUAUGUGGGUGACUUGGGCCCUGACGUCACAGAAGACAUGCUCUAUAAGAAGUUCAGACCCGCCGGCCCUCUACGCUUCACUAGAAUCUGCCGUGACCCGGUGACCCGCACCCCCCUGGGUUAUGGUUAUGUUAACUUCCGCUUUCCUGCAGAUGCCGAGUGGGCCUUGAACACAAUGAAUUUUGACUUAAUUAAUGGUAAACCAUUUCGCCUCAUGUGGUCACAGCCAGAUGACCGCUUAAGAAAGUCUGGAGUUGGAAAUAUAUUCAUCAAAAAUUUGGAUAAAUCCGUGGACAAUAGGGCCCUGUUUUAUUUAUUUUCUGCUUUUGGGAACAUUCUUUCCUGUAAAGUCGUAUGUGAUGACAAUGGCUCUAAGGGUUAUGCCUAUGUCCAUUUCGAUAGCCUUGCUGCUGCCAAUAGGGCUAUCUGGCACAUGAAUGGAGUCCGACUCAACAACCGCCAGGUGUAUGUGGGCCGAUUCAAAUUUCCUGAAGAGAGAGCAGCUGAAGUCAGAACCAGGGAUAGAGCAACAUUUACUAAUGUUUUCGUGAAAAACUUGGGAGAUGACAUGGAUGACGAAAAACUAAAGAAACUUUUCAGUGAAUGUGGGCCAACUGAGAGUGUUAAAGUAAUACGAGAUGUCAGUGGGAAAUCUAAAGGCUUUGGAUUUGUAAGAUAUGAGACACAUGAAGCUGCCCAAAAAGCUGUGCUAAACCUGCAUGGCAAGUCAAUAGACGGGAAACUCCUCUAUGUAGGGAGAGCACAGAAGAAAAUUGAACGCUUUGCUGAGUUAAGGCGGAGAUUUGAAAGGCUGAAAUUAAAAGAAAAAAGUAGGCCUCCAGGAGUGCCUGUCUAUAUUAAGAACCUGGAUGAGACCAUCGAUGAUGAAAAAUUGAAGGAAGAAUUUUCUUCAUUUGGAUCAAUUAGUCGAGCCAAAGUGAUGAUGGAAGUGGGACAAGGCAAAGGGUUUGGUGUCGUCUGCUUCUCUUCUUUUGAAGAGGCUACCAAAGCAGUGGAUGAGAUGAAUGGUCGGGUAGUAGGCUCUAAGCCACUGAAUGUCACACUGGGCCACGCCAGGCGCAGGUGGUGAGCCCUAGCUGUUGGGCUCCUUUGUAAUAUGGGGUGAUUUUCUGCAAAUUCACAGGUUUUUGUUGGUUUUUUGUUUGGUUUGGUUUUGUGUAUAUGUGUGAAACCUUAUUUUGGAAAGGGUACAUGGAAAAUCUCUUUCAUUUUAGUGAAGAGCAUAAUUUUUAAAUGUAAAAUUGUCAUUUUAUAUGUUUUUUACAUAAUCGCUAUCCUUAGGAUAGCUUAUUCUUCUUCAUUUUUUCUAAAUUGCCUAAAUGAGCCAAUUCAUUAUAUUUCUGUAUUUAUUACCAUAAUAUUAAUUUAAUUUCUUCCAUGAUCAUAUUCUUAGCAUUGUUCUUCUUUCUGAUUUUGGCACAAUGAAAAGUUGCCACUUGCUUUUUUGAAAAAUCAUCAAAGAAUGGGGAAAUGCAUAUGAGACACUUAAAAUUGCUACAUAAUUUCACUUAAAAUUAUUACUUAAAAGGAAUAUUCUUUAAAAUAUAUGCAAUUUAUUUCCUUUAUUUAAUUGUAUUAGUUUUCCUAUACAAAUAUAUUGGAGCAUACUACACAUUUGUUAGUAGCUUUGACUAAGUAUUGGAAGUGGUUUUUAUUAAUGUCAUGCUCUUGUUUUGCAAUUGGUGCUUUUAGAAACUGUUGCAUUGAUAAAUGGCUAUUCAAAAUCUGAUGAUGUCUUAAAAAUCUUUUCCAAGAGAUUUAAUAUUUGAAAAUAUUCUAAGAACUAUCCUUAAUAGUUGUUUUCCUAAAUGCAUAUAAUGCAUACCUACAGGUAGACUAUGUUAAAUUAGCAAGAAAAUUUAAUAAUGCCCUAUCUCAUUUUUACCUUUAGACAUUUUAUAAGAUACUGCUGAAAAACUAAGGAUCUGUUGUUUCUUGUAAACAUUGAAUAUGUCCAUGUGCAAACACUGACAGUUGUUUCAUUAAGAAACAGGUUUUCCCUUGAUUACAUCAUACUUCUUCAUCCAUUAUAUGAGAAUUAUUAACUCCAAAUAAUUCUCCCUUGCUGAUUCAUAACAUUUAAAAUAAAACCUGCUGUUUCCAAACAUUGAGGGAAAUAAAUUGUUCUUCAAGAACCAUGCAAUUUCUAAACUACAGAUUUUCCACUUUUCUUUGAAGUAGCCUCUUUUCAUUACUUUCAGCUUUCAAUCCAUGUAACAUUUAUCAUCAGAAUAGACAUCUUUAAAAAUUAGAAAAAAUAAUCAAAUUGUGUGAAACUUGAAUAACUUUCUUAGACUAUAUAAUUCAUUCAUUCGACAGAUCCAGUUAAAGAACAUUUGAUGUUUCUUCUCAGUUGACUUUUUAUUGUUUACAUACAUAAUCAUAAUUGUGAAACAUGUAAACAUUAUAGAAGGAGCCCAUUCUCAUUUAGUACAUACUUUUAUAUUUUUUCUUAGGUGUGCACACAUUUUUACAAAAAUAAAAUAUGUACUGUUUUAUAUUUUUGUUUUACAUUGAACUGUAGUCAACUUUUCAUACCAAUAAAUAUUGAUAUUUAUAUCAUGAUUUUAGGGACUUCAUAAUUUUCCUUAAUAUAGAUAUUGAAUAAGAUUUUUGAAUCAAUAUUUUUUAAAAUUUGUAAACUACACUGUGCUUAACAUCUCUUCCUGGAAACAUUGUACAUUAUGAGUUUGACAAAACUUCUAUAAUAUGUAUAAAUUAAAAUCUUCCAGAGAAUUAAAACACAAAAUAGUUAGAUAUAUUGCCAAAAUUUUGAACAUUUUCAACAUGUAUUAUGCAUAUAAAUUUAUAGGGAAAAAUCAGAAGACAAUAUUUUCAUAUUUGAUAUACCUACUUUAUAUUAUUGCAACUAUCAAAAUACAGAAAAUUUUAAAUAGAUACAAUGGCAAUUGUAUAUCAUAUGCUGUAUUCAUUUCAAACACUAUCUUUUCUUGAAGAUUUAUUUAUUUUUAUUUUAUAUCAUUGGUGUUUUACCUAUAUGUAUGUCUAUUUUAAGUUCCAAGAUCCCCUGGAAAUGAAGUUACAGAUAGUUGUGAGGUGUCAUUUGAGUCCUGUCAGUUGAACCCUGCUCAUCUGGAAGAGAAGCCAGGAUUACUCGCUGAGCCAUAACUCCAGCCCCAAAUAUCAUUUUAAAAUCAUAGUUAUAAGCACAAAACAUCACUUUUAGCCUGAUUCUUUAAAAAGUUUAGAUCUAAUACAAAUCUAGGAAGAGUUUUAGAAAGCAAAAAUUAUCAAAUUUAAUACACGAUUUUGGAAUGUAAUAUUUAAAUUGUGACUAUAAUCUAAAGAUUAACCUUUAUAAAUUGCAGGCAAAAUUGAGGAUUUCUAGGAAGAGGUAAAAUAGAUAUACUGAGGAUCUAGGUAACCAUUUGAAAAAAUUGAAAUUUCAAUAUCUGAAAACCAUGAGGAAAAUAUAUAUUAAAGGUAAUGUCUAUUUGAAUAGAAACAUCUGAGUAGUUUUUCAAUCUUGUGCUUAAGUUUUAGCUACAUAUAAUAGACUUCCAAAAAGAAACAAUGUUGCCAAAUGUUUUAAAAGCUUAUUGCCCAGCAUUUGGUUAAAAAUUGACUGUUCAAUACAAGUUUUGUUUUGCUUAAGUUUUCAAUAUUAUCACUUGGACAAAUUUUAAUAUGCCCAGGGAGAAGAAAAUUAAGAAUAUUACUUUGUGAUUACAUAAUCAUCAUAAAAGUUUGGGGGGGGUAAUCUUUUGUACACGUGAUUUUACACAAACCUUUGUUAAUUUAUUACCAAUGGCCAAGGAAAAAGAAAAAUGUUAUACAUGUAAGUGAAAUUUUUAGCUUGGGCAGAUGGAAGCAAUAAUAAUUAUUUCUUUAAUUAAGAGGUUGGAAAUGGAUUAAAUAUCAUCUUCCUUGUAAAUAACCUAAUCUAAGAGAGCAGUUAGAAAUGUGUCAGUAAAUGACUGAAGAGAGAUAAAAGAAGUGUGUUUAACACUUAAAAUACACUAUUCCACAAACCACUAAUGAUUGCAUUAAUAACAUAAGAGAUACCUUUCCAUCUGGUUACUUUUCAGUUCUCCUCUUGAUAUUUAAUGAGCUAAAUGAGAUUUUAGGAAGUAUAUAGAAAUGUAAUUGAGAACUGAAAAAAAUAUUUAUAUUGUUUUAUGUCUUUGCUGUUGAAAUGUCUUCCUUUUAAUGUUAAGGUUUUAUCAAUGAUCUCUAUUAUUUUACAAUACUAUAUAUCCAUGAUUAUUCACCAUUUGAUUGAUAAGUAUAUCAUGAAUGCAAAGCCUGUAAUGAUAGCUAAAACUUAUAAAAUUAUUUGUAGAACAGUACUUUUUAUACGUUAAUGACAUGUUGUAUAAAGACCAAUCAGACUCCACAAAGUCUUACUUCUAUGCUGAAAUACAUGACAGUGAUUCCUGAAAAAGUAGUACUUGCUCAUCUGAAAUUAGUUAAUCCUUAUACAGUCACAGUAUUGUUUACUUCUCUUAAAACAUGCCCUAACAAAUGAUUUUUUAUACAAUCAGAAGAAUUAGUGUAUCCCAACAUAGCUUCAGCAGAUCAUCAUCAGUAGGUUAGAAAAACUCUAGCUAUAAAAGUAAAUGAAAAAAUAUAAAGACUUGAUGCAAUCCAUAUACUAAAGCUUAUAAUUCUUGCUUUUUAAAGACUCAUUUAUUUUAAUUUUUGUGUGUGAACGUUUUGUCAGCAUGUGUGUAUGUGUACCACAUGUGUGCCUAGUGGUUAUAAGGGUCAGAAAAAAAAAAACAUUAGAUCCUUUGGGACUGGAAUUACAGAUGGUUAUGAACCACCAUGUGGGUACUGGGAACUAAACCCAUGUCAUCCACAAGAUCAGUAAGUGGUCUUAUGCACUUAGCCAUCUCUCCAGCCUCCAGUCAACUUUCUGGGUUUUUCUUUUCUUUAAGUUAGUGUCUCAUAGUUCUGACAGACCUGGAACUCUUUAUGAAGACCAGGGUGGCCUUGAACUCAUAGAGAUGCACCUACCUCUGUCUCCAGAGUGUUAGGAUGAAAGCUGUACACCACCAUGCCUAGAUUUGUGAUUUAGCUCAGUGGUAGAGCGCUUGCUUAGCAAACGCAAGGCCCUGGGUUCAGUCCUCAGCCCUGAAAAAAAAAAAAAAAAACAUACUUUACCUCUAAUUCUUAUAAUGUAUAAACAUAACUGCAAGUACUUUGAUCCUCAAAACUCACGGUCAAUUUUUUAAAAUAUGUCUUAUUUGACAGGGAAAAUGUCUUUUCAUUAAAUUUAAAAUACAAAAUUUGAAGCUUUUUUAAAAAAAAUGUUCUUAGUUCUUUAGGGAAUCGUUAGUAAAAAAGAGUGAAAGCUGAUAUUAAUAUGGCAUGAUUUUCUCAGUCAUCACACUAAUUUUUUUAUUUAGAACUAAUCAUUAAACAAAAUAUAGCAUAUAAUAAAAAAUGCACCUCUAGGGAUUAACUUUAUGUUUCCAAAGGGGCAUAUUUUGCUUUUCAAAAAAAAAGGACUUACUUAUCAAUAUCUGAUACUAUUUAAAAAAUAAAUAUAAGCUAAUAUAUAUAGAAUGUCAUGAGAUUUUUUUAGAGUCACUUACCAUUGACAACUUUGCACAUUCUAAAUUCUUGAAUAAAAGACAGAGGAAUUUACAUACUUUUCUUUUUUCUGUUUCAGAAAACCCCAAGUAUUUAAAGUAAUAGACAUAUUAUACAAUAUAUUAUAUUUUAAUAUUAUUUAAAAGAGAAAAUACUUUUAUUGCAGUCAUAAGACUAAAGUCAUGUUAAAAAAUUGUUGUUUACAUAUUCGAAGCAAGUCAAUUAAUUUGUUUCCAGACAAGAAAAAUCAAGAAUGCAUUUCUUUAUUCUGCAUAGGGAAAAAAAGAGAAAUUUCUUAAUUGACACAAAUUAAAGGAUACAAAUAGUCAUUUGAAUAUUAUAAAUAUAAAUGGAUAUUGAAAGGACAAUAAAAAUUCUUCCUAUUUUGAUGUCUAAGAUUAAACAUCAAGAAGAGUUUCCAUUCAAUUUCUAUAGUUAUUCUUGAUGUAACUACUAACAGUGAUCAUAAACCUCAGAAGUACUUCUUUUAUAAGUGAACUUUCUUUAAAAAAUGACUGGUGCUAAUCUACUCCUCACUACUCUUUUACCUCCAUUUACCUAACCUCAGUCCACCCUGCAAAUUUUUGAGGUUGUGUAGAAUUUUUCUGGUUUAUGUAGUUUUUCUAAACAUGACCUCAAUUUUUAAUUUGUAGCAUGUAUGUGAUACUGUGCAACUUUGCUGAGAUGAUUUUUAAGAUUUGCAUGUUAAGAAAUAGUAGAUGUUGGGAAACUUGUCUACUGUUCAUAUGUGAAUGAAUGUAUUUAACUAAAGAUGUACUUUUAAAAGAAUGUACAUUCAAAAAUAAUACCAAUUAAAGAAAUAGCAAAUCUAUGGGAUCUGCCUGGUAUUGUGGUUUCAUAAUGCAUGCAUGGGAUAGAAUAUCUGAAUACAAAGAAUAUAUUACAUGUGCAUAUAAUGUGUGAAUAUUUCAAGGCAUGAAAGCAUAUACAAGAGGUGCUGAUAAGGAAGUGUUCAAGUUUUGUGAUGUAGCAACUAGGCAAUGAAUUUGCCUACCUACAUGCAGGCUUUAUUUGUUUUAUAAUGACAUAGCAUAUUAAUG